CCUCGAUUGAAUAUGUUUCAAGCGUCUGCCAAAUAUCUUUGAUAACAUGUGAAGCGUGCUUUCUCUUGAUUAUCGGGGUCGCGUCGUCCAGAAAGGUUGACUUGUUUUCUUGCUACUGCGCAGAGGGCCGCUUGAAGACACUGUACCACGUUCGCCAAGUGUUGUACUCAGGAUCGAGGACUUGAAAGAGUUGUUGGUCCAGGGUGCCACAUACUUUGUCUACACCUUUGUUCCCUACCCCAUUUUAUGAAUGGUACAUGUGACCGUGUAGGAGGUCACAGCCCGGGAUAGUCCGUGACACCCCGCGAUGACGGCAGGGCCAGGCGAAAAGAUUUUCCACGACCCAGUCGACGGUGCAAGCGGAUCCAUUUUUUUCUUCUUUUUGCUUUCAGUCUCUUGCUGUAACCAGUGUCUUCCUCGCUGAUAUAAGACUGAGGCUCCGCUGAUCGUGAGCGGAGUGCAGCUGACCGGAUUCAACCCAUUGUCAUUUGGGCUCGUGCUGGUGCACAGGAUUUUCUCAAUCGGCAGUCGCCCCCGUCCACUUGAGCGUUUUGAAUUCUGCCAUUCCAAAUUCUUGGAUUCCGAAACGGCUUUCAUAUUUGCUCCACGUGCACUGUACGACCUGCGCGUAGCUCCAGCUUUCUCGUUCAAAUGACUUCUUUCUUGCAGCUCUGUGUUGCAUUCCUUAGUGGGCUUCCUCUGCUGCGGCGUCAGCCGUGAAGGCAGACGGAGACUCGUCACCUUUUUGGAAGGAGGACGAUGGCCACGAAGGGCUCCCGCUGAAUCACCGGCCAGUCGGAGCUGCCCUAGUCUACGGUCUUAGUCACCAGAAAUGAUCCCCCGGACCUGUGACGAUCCCCGCAGGGACUCGUGCUGCCCGCUCUUUUCUGUGGAUUGUUGCCCUCCACAUCCUUCCCCUUCCUCUGUUUUUCAGUCUGAUGGCAAGCAUGAACUUCCCGCUUCCGAAAUCCCCCACUCUUUUCGGGCUGUCCCUGAGGGGACAUUUGCCGCCAGGUCGCCACGGAGCCAUGGUGCAGGCCAACCGCAGGGAGAAUGCCCAUCAGAUGCUACGACGUCAGCUGCAUCCGAUACAUCCUCGCAGGCUCCGCAUGAUGUUCCAGUCUUCACUGAUUCUCUCCUCUCUUCCAGCACAUCGGAAUGGCCCCAUCAAGGGCCACGAAGUGAUGCUGUGGAGUCACUGGAACAUGCAUAUAUCUCUGGGACCGUAUCGAGCGACGAACCCGUUUCCGAAGAACCCCUCAGCAGCGACGAGGAAUACUUACCUUCAGUUGAUUUCACAAAAAAUGCAAGUUGCGAAAUGUCACCUGGCGACCUUCCCGAGUCACUAAAUUCCGUCAGUGAACCUGUCUCUAAGUUGCACAGUGGUCCCUCAAGACAUGCUACGGUCAUACGGCGAGCUCCCCAGAGCGCAAGGGACGGUUUCUCAGUAAUGAGGAAAGACGCAUCGCUUCGACAGCCUGCCAUUCCUCCCAUGGCACCGGUUCGGCUUCUUCCGUCAAGGCGGUGUCAGUGGCUCCGAGCGCUGCCGGUCGUCUUCCUUAUGGUGUUAAUCGCCUAUAUUCUUGCUGUUUUUGUAAUGUACCAUGCUCUCCCCUUGCUGCAGCUGAACAUCCCUCAGUCGAUGAAAUUUGCUUCUACUUACAACAGAGGUCUGUUUGAGCUUUUGGGCGUUGGUAUCCUGACUUUCCUCUUCCUCGUCUCGUACUGGCUAGCUGUCGUCACCCCGCCAGGCAGCAUCCCAAAUACUGACGAAUGGUCUUACUCGGCGCCCGAAAUUUUCGACAUAGAAGGGCUACCUUCGGUUGUGGAAACAAAAAAGACGGGGGCACGUCGUCACUGCAAAUGGUGUCGCCGGAUGAAACCGGAUCGGGCCCACCACUGUCGGGUUUGUCGUCAGUGUGUACUCAAAAUGGAUCACCACUGCCCAUGGAUCUACAAUUGCGUCGGCUGGAGAAAUCACAAGUACUUCAUGCUCUCGCUCAUCUAUGGGUCCCUUGAUUCCCUUCUCAUUGCAAUCUGCAUGUUCGAAACUGUCAAGCGAGUAGUGGCGUCGGACAAGGACCAGUUCGAAAAAAUGUUUAUGGUCCUGUUCGCCGAGACGCUCGAUAUUUUCCUCUGCACUCUCAUCACUGGGUUCUUCUUUUUUCACACGCACUUGGUUUGCAACGGCAUGACAACAAUUGAGUUCUGCGAGAAGCAAUUCAUGCGUCCGCGCACGCCCAUGCAAGAAAGUCUGUGGAACAAAGGCUGUUGGAGAAAUUUCACAGACGCAUUCGGAUCAAAUCCAUUAAUCUGGUUGUUGCCCAUAGAUAAUCGACCAGGAGACGGUGUUCACUUCAUCACCGAGGACACACGGCUACUUCACACCCCGGUUCUGCGACGUAUUCGGACCUUUGAGCCAAUAAUUGAAUCAUCAGUGGACUGAAGAUUGAACCAUGCUUCCGAGGUUUGCGUGGACAUUCUGCCACCGCAGAACACGCACCACUGCUGUAUGGGGCCAACGACUUCCAGGAAUGAAUUUGAGAGAAGGAAUACCGGCGAACGAGUUUCUGAGCACCCCUAGAAAUUCAAUGGACAUGCACCACGGCAGUUGCCCGCAAGCGGUCCAAAGGUGGCACGGCACAAAAAUGGUUACAAAAUAUCAGACUAUUAUUGCUAGACUAAAGAAUAUUCUGACGCCCCAUUAAAAUCCGAUGUAUUGCGAACAGUUGCUUUGUCCAUAAUCAUGCGUGGUAAUGUACAUCUACAGGCACAGUCCUACGUCAUGUGCGAUGCACUCCCUUGAAGUGGACACAUUGUUAUCAGAGUGACUACCUGAGGCUUUGGCACAACCGCUGCAACUUGGUUGUUGUGUAGCCCGAAUUGUUACUCUUUCCGGCGGGUCAUGUUGCAGUAGCAAAUCAAACUCAGUCAUUUUUUCAGGUCCCAUUUGGUUCUCCCGUGUGGAUGGCAUUCUAAAGCGAAUUGUUUUUACGUAUUGGAACUCAACAAGAGGAGAGGGGCACGGCAUGUUUCGUUCGCUCAAUCCUCCCCAUAUGUUUCUAUUCUGUAGAGGCUUUGUUUAUGGCAUUCUUCCUGACUCUUUCUGUAAAUGUGGCCAGAUACAAACGAAAGCCACAAGUUGAGCUGCCUGCUACUCUCUUUUUUCAGUAUGCCCCUGCCAAAUCUAGUGAUCAAACAGGCCCAAGCGCCCAUUGCGCGUUUACGACUACCAUUUGGGGAAAGCUCCAGAAUGUUUUUCAUGGCGAUAUAUGAAUUAAGGACUCUCUUCUUGGUACUUUUAGCGAGAAGGGUACAGAUAUAAGCCGGUUGCAGUACGGCACGCGUAGCAGAAUCCGAACAACCACUUCAGAGUAUGUAAUAAUGAGGCCAGCAGUUCUCCACCGCGGCAGUAAUAUAUCAUCCCUUUCCGGUUGUAGAAAAGCAUAUCCACACCAGGCUCAAGCAAUCAAGCAUAUACAGAUACGUGAUUUGAUAUGUGUUUAUUGUUGUGUGUAUGUACAGUUGCGACGCAGUUGUUUUUUUUUGUAGGAGUGCAGACAUCAUGAUGAGCAAUGUCCGGAUUUCGUAUCGGUCAAUGUCGGGUGCAACGAAGACGGCGUUUUGCUUCUGCGCCCUCAUUUUGGAAUGGCGUUUAGCAGUACAGAACGGAUGUGUUUCUUUGGAGAAGGGCCAAGUGAAGGCUUACUGUUUCCGCUAGGGCCUCGAAGAUCGGAAUGCAUGGAUGCAGAACGUGUUAUUGCUAAUAUUUACUUGACUUCAUCGUAUUAUGGAACUCAGGAAGACAAGAACGUCGAAACC